UCUCGUAGAUUCAUUUUCAAAACAAGGCGGCCAUUUCAACUUACAGGAAAAUAGCAAAAACAAAAAAAAUCAACGAUGGAUGCCAAAAAAUUGGAAAGUAUGAAGUAUAAUGAGCUGCAGAAAUUAGCUAAGCAGAAUGGCAUUAAAGCUAACAUGAAACUUAACAAACUAAGAGAGGCCUUAAUGGACCAUUUCAAGUCUGCAGCAGUGAACCAGAUAGAACAGCAGUUAGCAAUACAUGCCUUGGAACCAAAGUCUACGACAUCAAAAGCCACAAAGACGCCUAAGACUGUCAAAACACCAAGUACCACCAAAACACCUACUGUGGUGAAGGGCCUUAGUACCCCUAAAAGUAUCAACUCACCAAAACCAAUCUCCAAGACUCCUGCAAAACCUGUUUCUAAAGACACCGCUGCUGUGAAUUCGUUUGUCAAUGAACACACAAGAAUUCCAGACGAACCCACUCCAGAGCCACAGACGAAAAGACGGAGGUCCACAUUUGAGAAGGUUCCUACUCCAGAGCUUCAUACAGACAAGGCACCAGAAGUGGAGCAUACUAGGAGAAGUACAUUUGUUGUCAAGACUCCACAGUCUGGGAAGAAGCCAGCAAAUAACAAAAAAACAGAAUCUAAGACACCAAAGGAGAAUGAAAACAAGACUCAAAUUCCCCGAUUUGCUGCCUUUCUUGCUAAGAGGAAACAAGAGACAGAAUCAGAGUCCAAGGUUUUAACACCAGGAAAAAACAAAGACUGGAAGAAAAUCCAUGAGAAGAAUUUUGAGAAGAUGGAGUCCAUUGAUGAAUACCUGGCCAAAAAAAGAAAGCGGAAUGAUGACUACACCGAGUCUGUGAAGAAAACUAAAAAGAUUCUGUCCGACACCCUGGCUAUGGUUGACAAGUUAAAGAGCUACAAGACGCCAACAGGGACAGGAGACCAAAAGAAAACUUUUAUCACCAAAACACCAAAUACUGCGCCCUUUAAACCCACUGUUCUGUCAACAAAAGACAUGAAACUGAACUUCUCAGAAAACAGGAAGUCCCCAAGAACCAGUUCUGCUGCCAAGCCGUUCAAACCAACAGUGUUCUCCACCAAAAACAUGGACCUGAACUUUAUCUCACCUGCUCCCACAAGAAAGUCUGCAGGUUCAGCUAUCAGCAAGUCCAAGACCACACCAUUUAAAUUUAAUGCCUCACUUAACAACACCCUCAAUGGAUCUAUGUCAGCCAAAAAAUCCUUUGAUCUUCAGGCCAGUUUGGCUCGACCAAUUACAUGGAAGGCACACAAAGGAAAGCUGAAGCCAUUGAACAGUCAGACAGCAUUCAGCAAAGGUAGCCAUACCAGUGUCAAGACCCCUUCAACACAGACACGUGAUGACAGAAGAAAACUGAUGGCAGCAAAAAGAUCUAGUGCUAAGUUCAACUCUACUUUAGAAAGAAGAGGACUCAAAGUUUAAAUUUCAAAUGAAAAAAAUCCAAGUGACCCUAGUCUCCUUAUUUGUGUUAAAUUCAUCAGCCCUUGUUCAUCGUAUCAUUUGCAUCAUUUGCAUCAUUUGCAUCAUUUGCCUCUAUCUCCAUGGAAAAUCGAUGCAAAGGAAUAUUUUCAAAAGAAACCUGUAGGAAAAAAUAGUAUAUAUUUAUUAGUCUUACUUAAGAUUUGAUCAGGCUUACUUAGAGGAAAAUAUGGUGUGAAACCUGUCCUAUGCAUUUUCUCCUCUUGUCUUUCUGUCUUUCUACCUUUUUCAUAAUUUUUCAUUUCUUCUUAGUUUCAUCACAAUAAAAGGCCAUUUAAAAGGCCACUUUUGUAUCAAAUGAAUAAAUACCACAUUUAUUCAAAAUUGUAUAUAAUAUACCAUGUAUGUAGAAAAUUAGAUGUAUGUAUGUAAAUAUCUGUGUUUGAUAAACAACCCUAAUGUAUCUGUUCUGUGUGUACACUAACUUUGAACUUGGCAUUCACAAAUGUUUAUUGUGUAAUGUCAUUUUGUGUAUCUUUCAGUACAUUGAAAUCUUGCUGCAAGUCAAUGCUCACAAUACUGUUUCAUUGUCUUGUUUUGUAUUAAUCAAAUGCAGAAGUGUUUAUUAUACAGAGCAGGUACCCUGGUACUUCUGUUCUACCAGGUACUAUUGUACUACGUGUUUCACUUUGACAGCUAUGUUAUAAAUGCAUGCUAUAAAACAUAUGUUGAUAUUGAAAAACUUAACGAUAAAUUAAGGGAUUUUUAAAACAUGUUGAUAAAGAUGGUUUUAUUGAAACUUUUAUUUUCCAAAAAGGGAAGAAAUGGGAUAUUAUUAAAACAAAUCUAAUAAUUUUGAUUUUAUUCAUUCAUUGUUAGAUAUUUUUAAAUUUUCUUUUAAAUCUGCAAUAAAUUGUCUAUUAUUUGGUUAA